AAACACCAUGAUUAAGUAUCUCAGAUCUCGACAGCACCAUCAAUCAAUCCACUUAUUUAUGGAAUUUGUUUAGAGGAAGAGCUCCCGAGAAGGGGUGGCGUUUAAGCCUUUAUAAACCUGAGUUCAAACUUAAAGAGCAAGUGCUUUCCUGCUUUCUUCUCCCAGAGCAGCGCGACAACAGACUCCCAUAAUAAUAACCAAGUACUCCGAACUUCCUAAAGCAGUAUUUGGUGGUUGUUAUUUUUCCACAUUCAUCCCAAAAGAAUGGACUUCGACUUGCCUCCUUCUCUCCCCGUGAGCGGCAUCCCGUGGGACAGGGUUCUCCCGCCGUUAAUCCCCCGGUUGAACGGGACGAUUGGACCUUACUCGUGGACCCCGACUGAACUAUUAAUCCCGGUUUCCGAACACACCGGAGCAGCACAGGUUACCUGUGAUCAGAAUGGGUUUACUGUGGAAGUUGAUGUGAAACACUUCAGUCCUGAGGAGCUGCUGGUUAAAGUGGUUGGAGAUUAUGUUGUGGUUGAGGGAAAACAUGAACAAAAAAAGGAUGGUUCAGGAAUGGUGACACGUCAGUUUAACCGGCGAUACCGGAUCCCAAAUGGAGUGGACAUCAUGGCACUGGAAUCGGCCAUGUCACCGGAAGGAAUGCUAGUAAUCUCAGCACCUCUGACACAAGGAGACAAUUCCAGACUGUUAAAUCACACCGGACCAUGAUGCGCACACACACACACACACACACACAACAGGUGUUUGGAUUCUUUGCUCUCUUAACAUGGCUCAUCUUUUCGGUUUCUCACAUAAUGCAAUGGUAAAAAGACCAAAACAGACUCGCUUCCUCUCACUCCCCCUUGUGGCAGUGGACUCCUCAAAUCAACAGCUAAUUCCAAACAUACUUGAUUCCAAGCCAACAAGAAGAUAUGUGCAUCUUCACACUUGCUGUCCAUUUAGCACACAGCCUGUAAAAGUCCGCAUGUUAACCGGAUCCCCUGAUCCAAAGCUUAUACACAGUCAAACAUACAAACUCAAAUGAUUUUGUUUUACAUAAUGUCACACUUGCUCACUGUGGGGAUUGUACAUAUAUUUUUUUUAAAUUGAAAUAUUAUGUUGUUCAUCUAAUAUUUGUGUGAUGUACAGUUUGAAUAUAAAUAAAUAUAGUGUAACACUUGUUUAUUUG